AUGUCGGUGUGGAAAAUAGGGCUUCCCGUCCGCUCAGCCGUACUCAAGCCACACGCCGGGAGGUCUGAACACUUUUUGAUUUUACAUAUGCCCCAAAGUGAUAGCCGCUCUUGUAGGGACUUCAAAAUCCGUAACGAAGACUUCGCGGGCGCUCCCUUAAUUUCCGACUUGGCGCCGGCGAUGCAUGCCAAGCUGCUCAUUCUAAGAUUAUUAGAAUAUCAGGAUACAUAUAAUAUACAGAUCCAGCCUGUUCAUUCUAAUAUAGACCCUAAUGGACAGAUAAGCCAGUACUGUGAUCCUUUCUAA